GACAAAUGCAAACGACGGCAGGUCAAAGAUAAAUUAGGCAUGCUGGAAGACGCCUUAAAUCGCAAAGACCCCUCUUCUAAUUCCGAGUUCAGGAUAUUGUACCACUUGUUGCAACCUUCGCCAUAUUCUGAAUGGACGCAGUGGUCUCCUUGCUCCAGGAACUGUCUCACUCACAGGACCAGAAAGUGCCUAUUGCCAGAUUUGUGUGGACAAAAGAUGUUCCAUGAGAGUGCUCUGUGCUAUGUUGAUGACUCCGCUUGUGAGAGACUCUACAGCAAGAAAAGAAAGAAGAAAAAGUCGUCGACUGAAAUCAUAAAUGACGGACCCAAAAUACAUCCACUGAACGGAUUGAAGUGUGGACUGACUCCAAAAACUCCAGAUCUUCGCAGUUUACUCAGGAUUAUUGGAGGCAGAGAAGCUUCUAGGGGAAGCUGGCCAUGGCAAGUAACUAUCCUCAACAAAUAUCGUGAACCAUUCUGCGGGGGCACUCUGCUCUCCCAGGGCUGGGUACUGACCGCUGCCCACUGCGUCCGGAAGCGUCUGGUCAUCCGAGCUGGUGAGCACGAUUUGAUGUCCGACGAAGGCACAGAACAAGAGAGCAGAGUCCUGGAUUCGUUCGUGCAUCCGGACUAUGACAUGAAUACAGUGAAUAACGACGUGGCCUUGUUGAAAUUGAAGCAUCCGUUCAAGUUUAACCAGUUUGCUCAACCUGCUUGCUUGCCAUCUCCUUCUGAUGAACUGCAGAUUCAUACUAGAGCAGUUAUACUUGGAUGGGGUAAAAGAAAGAAUUCAGCCGUCUACGGUACAGACCACCUGCAUCAAGCAGAAGUUCCUGUCGUCGACUUGCAAGAUUGUCGUGAAAAUUAUCAGAAUUAUCACAUCAGCAGUAACAUGCUUUGCGCGGGAUUUAAAGAAGGCCGAGUCGACUCUUGUGCUGGGGAUAGCGGUGGACCUCUGCUGUUUCAAAAAGACAAUAAGUGGACAAUAUUCGGCAUCACCAGCUUUGGCGAAGGUUGUGGUCAAAAAGGCAAAUAUGGAAUCUAUGCCAAUGUGCCCAAAUAUAUGGAUUGGAUCUAUUCAACUGUAUGUGCAUGCAUGCUUGUGGAUUAG